UGACGUCACAGGCAUGGAUGAGGUCUUCUAAAAUUACAUGAGAUCAAAAAAAAAACAAUUUCACGACGUACGAACUGGAUUUUGGCGAGAAAUUAAAUAUUGAAGUGUUUGUUUCGGUGAACGACGCGUGUGCAGUAUAAAACGAACGUUUUUAGAAGGUUUUACAGUGAAUUUUAAGACAGUUGUUCGUUUUGGUUGCUUUGGAUACAAAAAUUGAUAUUUAUAUUUUCCGAGCCACCAUGCAAAAGGCACCCACCUCAAAGUUCAAACUCUAGCAUGUGAAUACACCCGCCGCCAAAAUGCCUGUCGUCUCGCCUUACAUCAACAGCAGUUCCACUCUCUCCGGGUCAUACCGAUCUACACUUUCCUCUGCGUCCAGUCUGGACAAGCCAUAUUUCCGAUCCAGUAGCAGUAGUACCUACUCAACAUCCACUUUAAGAAGCUCCUAUGGCGAUCGGACAACAGAAUACAGAAGCAGAUACUCCGAUGUCGACGGCAAAAGGGAGAGAAAGACCUCUUUAGUGGAAUAUCCUAGAAAUUCUCGAGCGCCGAGUGUUACUGAUUCAGACAGUGGGGUGUCUACUAGAUACAGAUCAGACAGAAGCGAAUCUAGAGGCAGAGAUGUAUCUACUACUAGAAGCGAGAGUAGUAAAGAGCGUCCGAAAAGGAAUUUCCCUUCAUCAGCAGCUUUGGCGAUGUCUACAGCUGAACUGUACAAUAAAUACUCACCAGCGAACUAUAUUCCGUAUACUCAAAGGAUACAGCAGCAGCAGAAUGAAAUAGCUAGAUCUAAGUCAAUAUCUAAUGAUAUCGGACGACCGCCGGCGUCUGAUGGCUCCAGGUUAAGGAAACCUAGGAACUCUGCGGCUACGAUAAUCGAGAGGCCCGAAGGCAGACGGUUAUACAAAGAGAGCUCGCCUACAACCAGCUACGGAAAAAGAAACUCCAUGACCAAUGGAAACAAAGACAGCAAUGGCAAUGAGGUACCCUCAGUUUCUGAGAUACGGAAACGUUUCGAUCCCAAAAUGACGGUUACGAAACUGCCAGCGAACGACUCACGAUAUUCCAAAACCGUCGAUCAUUAUCUCAAUCAGCUUAAAGACGUAGAAAAUGGCACGGGGUAUACGAAAGUUGUCCCGAAGGAUGAGAAGCCAGUUCCCGUCCAUUCUUAUGAGAAAAACGGUUUUAACAAAUGGGACUCUUCGAGCUCACGAUCAAACUCAAACUCAGACCUAUCAUUAUCAAAAACCACAUCAGAACCGACUUCAUUAGCCAAGCCUGCGGCUGAGAAAAACGGCAUGUCUACAUCAUUAACCACCAAGCUACCGUACGACCGGAUAGCUAGCAUCAAAUCUCAGUUAGACCCUAACAACCCUAUAGGAAAAAUUCUAGAGAAAUCAACUGUCAUUCAAGUAGAGAAUGGUGAUGACCGCCUGAAGCGGACCAGUCCCGAAGUCACACCAAAGCUGAAAGAAAUUAAGAACGAUAUAGAAAAACAAGUGAAAACACCGCACACAUCUAACUUUGCUUCGUAUAUACAGAUAUCACAGCCCAUAGCGUCGGGGACAUCCAAAGAUGAAGAGCCGAGGACAAAACCUAGUUUGAAAUACAUAGAUUCUGAAGAAGAUAGAUUAGUGCUCGAUAACGAUAUAGAUUCCCCUAGUGGAACCGGAUUUGAAAACAAAACUUUCGAACACGAGAAUUUCCUUAAAAAGAGGAGUGAAAAUCUUGAAAGUGAGAUAGAAGAUGGAAUCAAAUCCAUGGAAACCAGUACGGAAAGUACAGUCAGUGAGCCCACAGAAGAUUCUAGUCCUGACACCCCUUCUUCUAGAAGAAAGAUCUUGGACGCGAAGGAUAUAGAAGACAUAAGAGCGGAGCUAGCGGGCGGAAAGAGCGGGGGGAGCGGACUGCGGCGAAGCGCCGAGAGGGAGCGAGACACCAUCAGCGAGGGGCGCGAGAAGUCGCAGGUUUGCGGACUGAACGGCCUCCGAAACAUCGGCAACACAUGCUUCAUGAACAGUGUGAUUCAAUGCAUGUCCAACACGAAACCACUUCUAGAAUACCUAGAAAAGGAGCAAUACACUGCGGACAUCAACACAACUCUAUCUUGUAUGAAGGGCGCGCUCAUUAAAGCGUUCGCGUCAGUGAUCUGUGAGUUAUGGGAGCCGGGCGAACGCGGCGCUGUCGUGAAUACAACAUCAUUCAAGUCGCAGGUGCAACGCUUCGCGCCGAGGUUUAUGGGUUACAGCCAACAGGACGCCCAGGAGUUCCUUCGUUACCUCUUGGAAGGUCUACACGAAGACGUGAACAGAGUCACCGUCAAACCGAAGCCGAUUCUUACAGAAAUCGAUGACAGUCUCAGCGAUUCAGCGAAGGCUCAGGAGGCGUGGCAAAGAUACCUCCGCAUGGAGGACAGUCGCGUCGGCGACAUCUUCGUGGGUCAACUCAAGUCGACACUGCGGUGCACUCACUGCAAGAACGACUCUGUCACUUUCGACCCGUUCUGGGACCUUAGUUUGCCGAUUCCCUCGCGGACGGGGAACUUGAAGCUUCAGCAGUGCCUUCAGCACUUCACGAAAGAAGAGGAACUCGAUGGAGACGAGAAACCGACGUGUUCGCGGUGCGGCGUGCGGCGCAAGUGCCUAAAGUGGUUCACGGUACACAAGUUCCCGCAGGUGCUGGUGUUGCAUCUCAAGCGGUUUUCACCAACGGAGCGCUUCCGCGGCAAACUGAACGUGGUAGUGGAGUUCCCUCUAACAGGUCUCGACAUGUCUCCAUACGCCGCGAGCAAGUCGCAACAGGCCGUCUACAACCUGUACGCUGUCAGCAAUCACUCAGGCACAACUUACUCUGGACACUAUACGGCGUACUGCAAGCAUCCAUACACUGGCGACUGGCAUGAAUACAACGACUCAAGAGUGAGUCCCAUCAACCCCCGCAACGUAGUGUCUUCGGAGGCCUACGUGCUAUUCUAUGAGCUCGCGCGUUCCUAGUGUACACCACUACGCUACUAGUGUACUCUAGUGUGCAUCAGUCAAUACUACUAGUGUACAGUAUUUAACAUUGUACUAGUGUUCCCUAGUGUACACCACUCAACACUACUAGUGUACACUAUUUAACAUUGUACUAGUGUUCCCUAGUGUACACCACUCAACACUACUAGUGUACACUAUUUAACAUUGUACUAGUGUUCCCUAGUGUACACCACUCAACACUACUAGUGUACACUGCUUAACACUACUGUACCCAUAGAAAAUUGUACUAGUGUACACUUUACUAGUGUACACUUUACUAGUGUACCCUAGUAUACACAUUUAACACCAUACAAAGUGUACACAAGUGUGGGGGCCAUUCGACCUUAAUGUA